GAUUCAAAGUUGAGGUUAUAGAAAUAGUAUCUUGUUGCAAUUAAGGUAUCAACAUCAACAAUGACAGAAGUAACAAAAUCAGAGGCGCCCUUGGUGUCCUCAAGGGUGUGUCUGUUCAAAUUUAAGGGAAUCACAAAGAAGAUUCUCUCUGAGAAUACAAGGAAAAGCGAUGAGAAGAUGGGGUCUGCAGAAAAAUCUGGUCAAGAGGUCCAAUACUCGGGUGUGGUAACACGCGGGGAUCUAUGUAAUAAGAGCACCUUGUUAUCUGAGAAGGAACUAGGGAAGAACGAGUUGCUAUCAUUGGAAGAGAUUUGGGAUAACAAUAGCGAAUCUGGAAAAGUACGAAACAAGAAUGGAUUUACAACACUUUGUUCGGCGCAAACACUCGAAAUUUUUGACAAUCUGCUUGCAGCGGAAGAAUACGUGCCAGAAGGUCUCACUACUAAAAAGGUGGAAGAUGGUGAAUCUGAAACUAUUGCAUCGAAAAGUCGCAGCUGUGGAAUUGUGAUUGCUUCUCCAUUAGAAGCGAUUUCGGAAAAGAAAACAUCGACGGCGGCAGAACAUGGUAUGUUAUCGCAGGAGUAAAUUCACUUAGCAGCUGCAAGAGAUGGGGGCAUAAGGGGAAAGGCUACCAAGUGGAACGGGAAGCGUAACGAGAUGACAAGACCGCUAUUAGGGAUCAAUGACGUUGAACUUGAGGUUCGGGCGUGCCAUUAUUGGAAUAUCGACACUCAAUCGUACAUUGAUAUACAUCGUUCAGCGCCAAAAAGAGAAUCCAAGAAAAUGACCAAAAGUCCCA